CUCGAUGUUUAAUUACUCUGCCUAAUGUCACUCGCUCUUAUCGAAGGCUUUUCUCUUUCGCCAGAGGCAAGCAAACGCACCAUAAACCGGGUCUCAGCUAUCUGAGUUGACUCAGCGGAAUCGGCUCCGAAGAGAUGUCAUACUCAAGGGAAGGGAGAUCUGCUUCACCGCGCGCCUCAGUUUCACCUGUUAAAGGUCGUCGAUCAAGGUCCUUGUCAAGGUCUCGUCGAAGUCGAUCCAGGAGUCGUGAUUCUACAGAAGCAGCAAAUCCUGGAAAUAAUUUGUAUGUAACUGGGUUAUCCACUAGGGUCACCACCAGUGAUCUUGAGAAGUUCUUUAACAAAGAAGGGAAGGUUGUGGAGUGUCAUCUGGUAACAGAUCCUCGCACCAGAGAAUCCCGUGGAUUUGCUUUUGUUACCAUGGAAAAAGUUGAUGAUGCUGAUCGCUGUAUCAAGUAUUUGAAUCGUUCAGUGCUUGAAGGACGAUUAAUCACUGUGGAAAAGGCAAAAAGGAAUCGUGGCAGGACACCAACUCCUGGCAGGUAUCAUGGUCUGAGAGAUAGGCGAGGUCGUGGCCACAGACGGUCCCGCAGCUACUCACCUCGCCGAUGGGAUGACAGAGACAGAGACAGAGACAGAGACAGAGAUUAUUAUUCAAGGGACCGGCGUGGAAGAUCACGGUCUCCAUAUAGUAGGAGGGGAGAUGAUUAUGAUUCACAUAGGAGGCACAGGGAUCGCUCGUUGUCAGCUGACCGUGGCUACCGUAGAUAAACCAAGAAAGUCUCAUCUCCUCCCUCUUGCUCAUCAAACUUUAUCUGGAUUCCUUGUGGAAGUAUGUGCGGAAUUGCUUUGACAAUCUCCUUUCCUGGUCUGUAUUUGUAUCCUUAUAUAAUUUUUUUGUGUUAGGAUUUUAUGCGAUAAUAUGUUCUGCCAUGCAAUUGGCGAGUUCUCUGUUGUGAUGGACCAUUUUCUUUGCUCAUUUUGAUAAGAACAUUUUGUGAUGUUAAUUGGAUGACAAA